CGACCUCAAAACAAUCCAUGGUUGAACUGCGUAUCAGUCAGAUGCUCACUAGUGGCCAGAGCGCUCUCUCUCGACCGGCUCAGUUGCUCUCUACCCCGCAGAAUGUCGAGCUCUUCAUCCUCGUCCUCCUCGAAUGAAGUGAGCGCUGGUGGCGUCGUGACGGCCAGCGACUGCGCCUGGGAGCAGGUGACGGACAGUGAUUCGUGCUACGUCCAGCCUCGUUCCUGUUACGACUGCCUCAACACACCUCUGAGCAAUGGCCAGGAAUGCGUCCUGACACCGUUUGGACUGUGUGAGAACAUUUCUGCCUAUAACUACACAGAGGACUAUCGACGUCCACAGUCUGCCUUCACAUACCCAAUUCAUUACAAUUACUUCCCAGAGGUGAACACAACAUACUGCGAACCCAAUGAUUCCGUCUGCAAUUCCUGUCAAGAAACAACGUUCACAGUCGGGAAUAACAACCCGUCAGUGUAUUGCACGGGCACCAAUGACUGCGUCUGUAUAGCAAUUUGUGAGUCGGAGUCCUGGUGGAAUGAUACAUUGGCAAGACUCGCAGCUCUGCUAAAGGAGAAUGACCAGAGCACAACUUGUCCAUUAGCUGCCAAUUCGUCGUCAGCAUUGGCUGCAGACACUUCGGCUUCCAGUAAUUUAACAAAACCAGUUACCAAAGAUACGUACGCGGCCGAUGACGAGUGUAUGUGGUACCAGAACUCGACCUUGUGUGAGACUCCACGGACCUGUUACGAUUGUCUGAACACGGCACUUUACAGUGGACAGAAGUGCACUAUCACACCGGGAGGAUACUGCUCGAAGAUCGAUGAAUACGACUACACACUGGACUACCGACGGGUGUAUUCGGACAGCGCGGCGCAUUAUUUUCCAUCGACCAAUACGACCUACUGUGAACUGGACGACGCCACGUGCACGAAAUGCCGCUCUGACAAGCUUCUUGGAGCUUAUUCGGGCAAGACGAAUCUGACUGAGUAUUGUGUUGGUGAAAACGACUGCGUUUGUGUGGCCUUUUGUGAGUCACCGCAAUGGAAGUCGAUUGUGGUGCAGGACACGUGUGAAGCUACACCAGCAGUAGACGACAGUGGUUCCAGUAUUCCAUCGAUUGCUAUCGCGUCGGUUAUAAUGGUGGGCAUGUUGCUGGGCUUAACUGCUAUUUUACAGCUCUGCAACAUUUUCCGCGCUCGUCGAAGGGAAGUUCGUUGGCAAAACAUGUUGACGCAAAGUAUUGCAGUGCGGCGACCUACCACGGGACUUACAUUGGAACUGUCAGCGUGGAAGGAAAUGCACGACGGACUCAUUGCAGACGAACGCAACGUCGGCAACGCAGGGCAUCGUCUCGCUGACGCAUCAAACGAUGCUCCAAUGGUUACAGUGGAGGAAGGUGAUGGCUACCGUCCUAUGUCUCCCAGCGUGCCGGUGCUUCCUGCUUCGCCACCGUCACCAACCCAACCAUUAUCAACUUUAAUACCCUCUCGGACUCAACGUGCAUCCGUUUAACGGCAUCAAUACAAGUGAAUAAUAUAGUAGAAAUCACGUUUGUUUUGCAC